ACUUGACCCCCCGCUCACCAGUUACUACAACAGUUAUAGUAUGGGAACAAUGGUCGCAAUGACGUUCUCAGAUCUUUGACUUGUGUCUCAAUUUCGCGUUUUCUUCUUCAACCCAAUAACUGCAAUAACAUUUCUCGAUCCGAAAUUUACUCCAAACUUAGAUUCAUCAACAACCAGUGAGUAUUCUUUUUAAUCUCUACUUUUUGAUGCUUUCAUUUUCAAUUAUCUCACUCUAAUUUCAGUCAUGUAUCACCAACCCAGUUAGUUAUUAUCAUCAAUUUUGGAGUGUGUUUUUGAACAAAUCAUCAAAGGAAAAAGGAACAAUCUUUUAUGUGAUUAGGGUUUAUUGGGUUCAGAAUUUAGUUAGAUCUGAUAGUUUUAGUGCCAUUAUGGAUGUGCAUUUGAAGAACUUGUUUGCUAGAUUUCAUGAACAGUUUGGUUCUGGUCCGGGACUCGGUCCCGGAUCUGGAACAUGUCUUAUGAAAGUGGAAGGCAUUGUCUCUCCUUUCAUUAAAUCCAUUUAUAGAGCUGCUGGUGCUCUGUAUAGGACCGAUCCGUGGAAGCGGUUGCGGCCUGGGAACCUUUUUGGGUUAAGGGUUGGGAAAGAUUCUGAUUGGUCUGGCAAGAAACAGCCAUUUCCGUGCGUUCAAUUCGUAGGAGGGGACGCUGGGGAUUUAGGGUUUCAUAUGUUUAGAUCGGAAAAUGAUGCACAGAGGAUGACAGGUUCUAGAGAGACGAUUUGGGUUCCAAAUGUCGAGCUCUUGAGAGUGACUUAUGAGCUCGAGUCAUUGAUGUUUUCAUCGAAUAAGAAGAUGAUUAGGUCCUUGUCGUUGGAAGUGUCGGGUGCUGAUCGUUUUCCUGUCAUUGAUGUUGCACGUUGUUCUUCGUCUGGUGGACUUCAGUUUAGAACUCCCACCCUUGAAGAGCUUCGGUUUGUGUAUGCGGCCAUGAAGGCCAUUUCUUUGGUGCACCCGUUGCUUCAGCGAGAUAAUGGUGCUGGUGCAAAGUGGUCAAGAGUGGUUUAUUUUGAACCAUUCAUUGAAACAGUUGAUGUACAAUGGCCUCCUGAAAUGUCCAAGGGUAAUGAUCUUGUUGCAGUGACAGUCUCACAUCCACCUGGUCAGGGAUACGAAGAAAAGGCCAUCUCAACGGCUAAUCAACCCCCACCAAGUAUGCGGAACCACCCAAGGAGGAGACCUUUGUAGAUGUGAAAGUGAGCUCUAGUGUUGGAUUGAGGCAUUGUGAAAUGUGUGAGAAAGAAGUUCACGGAGAACAAUCUGUGUGUUGCAACUGGUGUUGUGCGGUGGUUUAUUGCAGUGCUCUUUGCCAGAAGCAGCACUGGAAGGAAACACAUAAAGGCAUGUGUGGCCUUUACAAGGCAAUGAUGGAACGAGAAGAAGAGUUGGCAAUGAAAUUCUUCGUCUUCCCUUGUUCAGCUUUUCAGCCAUGUAAAUGGCUUGAAUCAUUGGAUAUCCACCAGAAGGGGGUGUGGAGGAGGAAGUGCAGUUGCUAUUUCCACAUCCCUUACGAUCUGCUUCCUGUUAAUGGUGGACUUUGGGAUUCAUGGGGUGGGCUGGAUGAUGAUGAGUACCCUCUUGAUUCACCUUUUCAUAAUCAUUUAGGGGAUGGAAUAUCGAGUCCAAUCCUUCUCUCUGGUUGGUCAGAGUACUAUAACCUUCGAUCACUGCGAAUGUCAAGCCCUGUUGCAGACAUUCUCUCCCACCCCUUGACAAUCUAUUACAUAUUAACAGCACUCAAUAUCAGUUCAAAGAACCUUUUGUUCAAAGGAAAAGAGGUGAUUCUUCACUACCUUGGGCCUGAAGGGGAGUUGGAUUGGAUGCCAGCAUUUGCUGAGAUUGGUCAUCUACUUAAUGGGAUGAGCAAUAUUCAGAGAGUAAUGGUGGGUCCUGGAGUUCCAAUGAAUUUGUCGGGGACAACUUCAGGGAUAAGUAGCAGAGUAAGGGUGAAUCUUGUGAGGGGACUUUAUCAGGAGGAAGCCACUUACCUAUCCUCACCUCAUGUAGUUAUUGCACUCAACUGUGGAUUAGAGAAAUAUGCAAGUUGGGGUGGAACCCUCAACUUAAUCAAGUCCAUGGGUGUUCCUGCUUUCUUCACUGAUCAGUCCGAACUUUCAUGUGCAAAUGCUAAACAAGUUCUUCGGAGUGCUGGACUGCAUAUUACUCAACCUGUGACACCGAAUUCGUUCCGCUCACCAGUGAGGAAUAAUGGACCUUCUAGCAAUCUUCCCUCAUACAGCAAUUGUUUUGUGUUUGGAGUGAAUACAUGAGCUUGAAGCCAAGAGACUGAAUGAGAGUCUUUUCCGAUGAGUUGUGCCCCACUUUUAUAUGCUUGUUGUAAGGUAAUGACAAUGGUUUUCUGAUGAGAGAUGUAUGGAAGAAGUGUUUGUCAAUGAGGCACCGCAUUUAACAUAAUUUGUUGAAGCUUUUGUAAUUUUGCUCUUAAGCUAUGAUUACGUUGUAGUAGGGUUUAUUUAUGUUAUCAUUAUACACCUUGUUGUUGU